AUGGCCUUGGAGUCAUCAAGGAUGGAACAACUUCCCUUACAUGAGGGCACUGCCCUUGCUCAUAGUGCUUUCCUUCACACUCUGGACACCACUUCAAACCUCCUAGAUCUCUCCCAUGCCACACCCUGCCGCAUUCGUCUAGUGGACUGCAAAAGCGUAGUCGAGCACGGCUUUCUGCGCAUCAUCGAAUUUGCGGAGUUCCCCACCAUCGCCUACGCCGCCAUAUCGUACCCGUGGCGCGGUGUAUCCGUAAACCCCAGCGACACGGCAGAUUCCCCCUUCUCUGUUCGAGGAGCGGAGCACGCCGAUCCAGUCGGCGUCGACGCUCUGCGCAGUGCAUGCGCGGCUGCUCUACGCCUCUCCUGCGCCUACCUCUGGGUAGAUCGACUUUCCAUCAUACAAACGAACAAAGAGGACAAGACGUGGCAGAUCCGCAACAUGUACAAGGUGUAUCUCUCGUGUCGUGUCUGCAUUGUCCUCGCAGGCGGCUUGCGUCGUCUGGUCCGCCUCGAUGAAGAAACGCCGUGGAUCCACCGGAGCUGGACGUUACAAGAAGUACUCGCACCGCCCUCCACAGUAGUGCUGAUCCGCUGGAAGCUAGGGCCCGGGCGUGCUUCGAGCGGAGGUAUCAGCACCCCCGUCUCGGUCGAAGAAGCCGUCCCAGGCGCGUCCGCAUACAUCCCGCUCCCGCUCGUCCUCCAAGUCUGCACCACCGGCACGCUAUCCUUCACCAGCACGCCCAGCGCGACACAGCCCGCGCGUUCCACUAUGAUGAAAGCGUGCAUAUUCAGCGCGCUCCAGCAGGACGCCCCGCGCGCAGACGAGAUUCCCUUCUGGCAGCCGCAGCGGCGCAUAUUUGCACCGGCCGUCGUCGCAGUCGCAGUCGCGCUGGACGCCGUGCUCGUCGAAUCCGAUUCCGAGGUCCGCCGCUACGCCGUAUGGCAGAGCGCGCUCAUGCGCACCUCCUCGCGCCCCGUCGACAUGGUGCUGAGCAUCAUGGGCCUCUUCGGCGUCGAGCUCGACCCGGGCGCGUUCCACGAGAACGACCGCAGGGGCGCGACCGUCGCGCUCGCGCAGGCGAUCCUCGCUGCUGGCGGGUGCGCGAGCUGGAUGGGUGCGGCGUUCCGCCUCGACCCGGACCGGUGCCUCUCGACGUUCCCGCAGUUUCCGCGGACGAGUGUCGCGGGCGCGGCGCUGGUGAGGACGAAGGAGGGUGUUAGGGAGGUGUCGCGGCUGGUGGGCCCGGUGUACCCCAUCCAGGAUGCGCUGGUACCGCUUCCGCGCGGGCGCAUGGACGACGAGGGGUAUGUCACGUUCACCGCAAAAGGUGUGCCGCUUGUAGAGGUGCUGGACACUCCCGGGCCCGACGACCCUCAAGCCAGCGACAUAUUUCAGGCCUUGGACGGUUCACGAUGGCGAAUACUCGACGACCCGCGGUCGUCUCCCACCGAUAAGUCGACCUUGGACACGUAUGCGAUCCUGCUUGGCUGGUUCCACAAGUAUCACCCCGGAGCCUCGCCUGCCAACGGAGAGACGAUCCUCGUCAUCCUCGCACAGCAGCAUCUAGGCCAGCCCGCACGGUACCACGUCCGUUCCUUCGUCACGCUCCGCGCCAGCCACAAGCCACAGCUCCUCCUUUGGCCAGACCGCGAGUUCUGCGUGGGUGGACCGGAUCCCCUGGCUGAAGGAGAAUCAACUGCGACGGGACAGGAAGAGCCCAUGGUCGAGACGUAUGUGGAGAGAGACGCGCUGUGGCCGCGAAUGCCUUGGAGCAAACCUAUUGUGACCGCGGAGGACGAGGCGGUCCGUAAGGCGAGAUGGGCUGUCCCUCAGCAAGUUCUUGAACGGAAUUGGCAUCAGGAAUGA